AACAGUUUCCCAGCCUUCUGUGAUCUAAAAUCCGAGCCUGGUAUUGCAUGGACCCUGGUCAUGUCUUGGAGUAGAGAGAAUCGUGUUAUUUCUGCUUUUAAAAACGCUGUACUUCAGGUCAAUGCCCUAGAAAACGAGAACUCUCCGAACUACGAUCGUUACCGGUUAAGUCUGGAGCGAAUGAGAUCUUUGCAGGUCCACUUCACCCACUGGCGAGCAACAUGCAGCUACCCGACCUAUGGCAUCGAUUUUACAGACUACCUCCGUGGAAACUUCAAAGACUUCGACAUCGUCGAUUUCCAAGGUCAUGGCGAGUGUAAGAGGGUAAAGUAUUGGAUAUCCGAGGGUACAAUGGCACGAACCUUACAGCACCGUUUUGGCAGAGAAAGAACGCUUGGAUGUUGCAUCAUGACAGCAGUUUGGUUCUCUGCAAGUUCAACGCAGCCGUUGGAGCAGUAUCAAAUGAAGACAACUUUGGCUUCUAUGAAGGCAUUAAUCCCAAGUUCCGCUGUACACAGGCAGACAACUCUACUACUCAGUGGGGGUUUGCAGGGGCACCCAACGAGGAUAUAG